CCUCCCCAGCUUUGUUGCCCCCGCCCGGCCAUGGCGGCGGCCCCGGCGCCGUCCCCCGAGCGGCUGCGCGUCCCGCCGGCGCCGGGCGAGCGCCGUUACCGGUGCGGGGAGUGCGGGAGGAGCUACCGGCACGCCGGGAGCCUGGUCAACCACCGUCAGAGCCACCAAACCGGCGUCUACGGCUGCGGCGCCUGCGGCAAACAGCUCUACAACCUCGCCGCCCUCAACAGCCACCGGCGCGCUCACCGGCGCGCGCAGGCGGGCGGCGGCGAACCGGCGGCGGGACGCCUCUACGGCUGCGGGGAGUGCGGCCGGCGGUACCGGCACCGGGGUAGCCUGGCCAACCACCGGCACACCCACCGCACCGGCGUCUUCGCCUGCUCCCUCUGCCCCAAACACUUCCCCAACCUGAUGGCACUGCGCACCCACGCCCGGGGGCACCGCCGGGGGCGGCAGGCUGCGCCGCGGCGCGCGGCCGCCGACGCCGAGCGGGUGUACCGGUGCGAGGUGUGCGGGAAGACCUACCGGCACUCGGGCAGCCUCAUCAACCACAAGCAGACGCACCAGACGGGCGACUUCGGCUGUAGCCUCUGCGCCAAGCGCUUCUCCAACCUGGGCGCCCUGAAGGGACACCUGCGGGGGCACCGCCGGCGGCGUCACCGUCACCACCACCACCGCCGCAACGGCUGCGCCGCGCCGCCGCCGCCGCCCGGCAUCUACCAGUGCUCGCUGUGCCCCAAGGAGUUCGGCGGCCUCCCGGCGCUGCAGGCGCAUUUCCGCCGGCACAGGCGGCCGCGGGGCGUCGCCGGCGAAGAAGAGGAGGAGGAGGAGGAGGAGGAGGAGGAGGAGGAAGAGCGGCCUUUCCUCUGCAGCCUGUGCGGCGGCAUCUUCCCCGGCGAGGCCGACCUGGCGCGGCACCACCGGCAGGAGCACGCGGCGGCGGCGGCGGCGGCGGCGCCGGAGGGGUGCUGGGGGGAGGCGGCGGGCGACGAGCUGUGGCACAUCUGCGGCUACUGCGGGCAGCCCUUCGCCGGCCUGGAGAGGCUGCGGGAGCACAGCCGGAGCCACCGCGCCGAGGAGGCGGCCGCCCUGGCCGACGCGGCGGGGGGCGAGCGGCGGCCCUACGCCUGUAGCGUCUGCGGGAAGACCUACCGCCACGGCGGCAGCCUGGUCAACCACCGGCAAACCCACCAGACCGGCGUCUUCCCCUGCGCCGUCUGCGCCCGACGCUACCCCAACCUCGCCGCCUACCGCAACCACCUCCGAAACCACCCCCGCUGCAAGGCGGGACCCCCGGCGGCAGCGCCGGCAGCGCCGGCGGGCGGGGAACCGGCGUGCGACGCCUGUGCCGGCGAGGAGGAGGAGGAGCGGCAACAGGCGGCGAAGGCGGCGGCGGCGGCGCGGCCCUUCUGCUGCGAGGUGUGCGGCCGCAGCUACAAGCACGCCGGCAGCCUGGUCAACCACCGGCAGACCCACACCACCGGGCUCUUCCGCUGCGCCGCCUGUCACAAGGCCUUCUACAACCUGAUGGCCCUGAAGAACCACCGGCGCACCCACGCCGAGCGGCGGCGGCACCGCUGCGGGCUCUGCCCCAAGGCCUUCCGCCUGCGCCGGCAGCUCCUGGGCCACCAGCGCCUGCACCCUCCCGUCGCCGGCGACCUACAGCCGGACGGGGGGCCGCCAGCGCAGCCGGGCGCUGUGGAAGCGGUGUCGGAGGACUCGCCGGUGCCACCGACCGCGUUACGGGCAUCGGAGGCGUCUGUGGGACACCUGGGUGGGAUGGAGACGGUGUCGGAGGAGGCUUUGGCACCACCGACCACGCUACAGGCGGCGGAGGCGUCUACGGGACACCUGGACGCAGCGGAGGUGGUGCUGGAGGGCUCCCUGACACCGCCACCCCCCUUACAGGGGGGGGAGUCUGUGGGGCACCGGGAGGGGACGGAGACGGUGUUGGAGGACUCCCCGGUGCCGCCAACAACGUCUCAGGUGGACGGGGGACCCGCAGGACGCCGAAGCGUGACGGAGACGGUGUUGGAGGACUCCUCGGCACCACCGACCGCCUUACAGGCGGUGGAGGCGCCUCUGGGACACCUGGACGCGAUGGAGACGGCGUUGGGGUCCCCCUCGACACCCCAAACCGCGUUGUCGGCGCUACAGGUGCCUCCGGGACACCUGAACACACCGGUGACGGUGUUGGAGUCCUCCCCGUCACCCCAGACGGCGUUAUCGGCGCCGGGGGCGUCGCCGGUACACCCCAACCCGCGGGAAGCGGGGUGCGCGUCCUCCCCGGCGUCCGACCGCGCGGGACAGGCGGAGGCGGCGGUGACGGUGUUGGAGCCCUCCCGCGGCCCCCCGAGCAGCCGGCGGGCGGCCGCCAAGUCCUCCCCGCCCCCCCGGAGCGCGGCGCCAGCGCGGUGUCACCCCACGCAGGCGGUCGGGGGGCAGCGCCGGGGGUCCCGGCCCCCCCGACACCGUCCCGCCGCCCCCCGACGCCGCAGCCCCGGCAGCACCGAGGGUGACGGGUGACGGGGCUGUCCCGGGGCGGGGGUGAGGGGUUCCGGACCCCAUUUCCCUCCCCAUGAUUAAAUUUAGGUUGUUUUGGA